ACAUUUUUUUCAACGAAUUUCUUCUUUAAAACGCUAUGACAGAGAUUUUUGACUGUCUUGUGAUUGGUGCUGGCAUAGAAGGCUCUUGCACAGCUUUUCAAUUAGCAAGAAAUGGCUUUAAAACGUUGCUUGUUGAGCAGUUUUACCUGCCACACACAAGGGGGAGCAGUCAUGGCCACUCCCGUAUCAUAAGGAAGGCAUAUGAUAAGGAGAUCUACACAAACAUGAUGAAGGAGGCAUAUAGUUGGUGGGAAAGUAUUGAACGCCAAGUCGGAAAGCCAAUGCUCAGGAAAUGUGGAUUGGUCUACUGUGGUGACAAAGAUAUACCAGAAAUGAAGAACCUGCCAAAUCUUCUGACCAAAUACGGGGUCACACACAAGGUGUAUCAGAAUGCCAGGGAACUUAGUCAAGAUUACCCAAUGUUUCAAUUCGGGGACAGUUUAGCUUUUGUUUUGGAGAAAGAGGCUGGCAUGCUAAGGUCUGAUAACUGUCUUGCCGGUGUCCAGAAACUUUUUGUGAAGUUUGGUGGAAAGAUCAAUGACGGUACUAAAGUUGUUGAGAUUAUCCCAGGCCAGGUGGUGACAGUCAGGACGACCAAUGGCUCCUAUAAAGCAAAGAGUUUAGUCAUUUGUGCAGGUCCUUGGGCAGGACAGCUAUUGAAACCGCUUGGGCUUCAUCUCCCCCUCAAGCCGAUAGCUGUAAAUGUUGUUUAUUGGAGGGAGAAUUUGCACGGUAUAGCUUCUGCUGAUAAGAACCCCACAUUCGUCAUUAAUGGUGACGAAGAAUCUGAGCUUUCAGAACACUUUUACGGUCUGCCUGCAGAUGAAUAUCCAAACCAUUACAAAUUCUGCUAUCAUAGUGGUCCUGUAGUUGAUCCUGAUGACCGAGAUGCAGACAAACACAGGAGUAUCAAUGACAUGAUCUUGAAGGAUAUGAUCAGAUUUGUCAAUGCUCAUUUUCCAACCCUGGAACCCAAGCCAAGUAUUGUAGAGAGAUGCAUGUACACUAACACACCGGAUUCAGACUUCAUCCUUGACACACAUCCUCAUUGGAAAAACAUAGUGAUUGGUGCUGGCUUUUCAGGUCAUGGUUUCAAGAUGGCGCCAGUAGUGGGGAAAGUACUGAUGGAGCUCGCCGUUGGUCGUCAACCUUCUUAUGACUUGUCCACAUUUGCGAUUAGAAGAUUCGACUCCAAAGCGAAGCUUUAAUCAAAGGUGUUGUAGUUGUUGACUUUUGCCACUAUUUUUUGAUUCGUCGAAACAAUUUUACUCAGCACUCUUUUGUUGUUUCGGCUCAUGCCUUUUACUGCGGAUGCGCGCCAACCAAAAUCAUAAAGACCGCUGUGCGGCAUAUUGACCCAAUUGUAUUCCUGAAUAUGUGCUCUUGAUUAAGAUGGAUGACAAAUGUCAGGUUUCAAAAGUUUUGUACAGUUCAAAGCAACUAACAUUUCAUUUUCUUUCCAAUGACAUUUGAAGAACAUGCGAUGGGAUAUGUGAAUAAAUACCAAUUUUAGUUA